GGUACUGGAUCUGGAUCUAAGGCAGCCAAAUAUGGACCAGGUGGGGCAGGAGGGGCCCUUGGUGCUGGAGCAGCUGGAGGUGCAGGGGCUGGGACAGAAACGGGGACUGGGACUGGAGCUGGGACGGGUGCUGGAGGUGUGCCUGGUGGGGCCGGAAGCAAACCUGAUAAAUAUGGAGGUGCAGGACCUACACCUGGCCCUGGCACAGGAGUGGGAGGAGAUGGCACUGUGUCAGGAGCAGGGAGAGACGAGACAGGCGCAGGAGGAGCAGGCACAGGAGGAGCAGGCACAGGCGCAGGCAGGAAGAGGGGGUACAGGAGGAGCAGGCACAGGAGCAGGAGGUGAGCCUGGUGGUGCCGGUGGGGUUCUAGAAGGAUCUGGAAGUUCCGGUGGCCCAGGAGAUGGUACCGGCCUCACAGCUGGCGCUCUCGGAGGAGGGGUGGGAGACACAGGAAUCCCUAUCAUUGGAGUAAAACCAGAUAAAUCGGGGCUCGGAGGGACAGCAAUCCCAGGUGGAAUUGCAGUGCCAGAAAUUGGUGCUGAAGUUGUUCAACCCAGUGCUGGAGCUGAUCGGGUAGGAGUUCCCUCUGGAGGUGCUGCUGUCGGUGAUAUCACUGGAGUGGGGACGCUACCUGGAGCUAAACCUCUGAAGGCUCCAAGAGGAGAUACACCUGGUGAAGGAGAUGGAGAUACAGGAGGAGGACCAAGAGGUGUUGGAGGAGGUCCUGGUGGUGCAGGAGGAGUAGGCAGUGGAUCUGGCGGAGUGGGAAGAGAUGGUGAUGGUAAAGAAGGAGCAGGAGGAGGACAGGAAGGAACAGGGGGGAAAGACGGUGGUGCAGUUAGAGUGGGAGGAGGUCCUAAUGGUGCAGGGGGACCUGGAGGUUCAGGAACAGGAGGUGGAGGAGCAGGAGUAGGACCUGGAGGAGUUGGAGGAGGAGCAGGACCAGGCAGCAGUGACAAACCACCCAAAGGUUACGGAGCAGGUGGAGCUGGCAGUCUGGGUGCAGGAGGUGUUGGAGGUGCAGGAGUAACAGGAGGAGCCGGUCUGGUCCCUGGGACUGGUGGUGCCGGUGAUGUAGGAGUUGGAACCCCCAAACCAGGAAAAAGUUACGGAGCUGGUGGAGCUGGAGGGGUCCUGCCAGGUGGAGGUCUACGUUACCCAACUGGGGCUGGAAUAGGACUGGGCUCAGGGAAGCCAGGCAAAGGAUAUGGUGCUGGCCAACUUGGAGCAGGAGGACAAGGUCCUGGAGGAUAUGGUGCUGGACCAGGCGGAUACGGUGCCGGUCCUGGAGGAUACGGCACUGGACCUGGUGGCUAUGGGGCCAGACCCGGUGGUUAUGGUGCUGGUCCAGGCAGUUAUGGGGCUGGCCCGGGAGGUUAUGGGGCUGGAGCUGGUCCCGGUGGCUAUGGUGCUGGGCCAGGUGGCUACAGGGCUGGGGCUGGGCCUGGAGGCUAUGGAUCCAAGCCAGGCAAGACUGGAGGUGCUGGGGCCGGUGGUGUUGGUGGAGGUCUGGGUGGAGCUGGAAGCCAUGGUGCUGUAGGAGCCGGAGCAGGACCAGGAGGAGUGGGUGGAGGUCUAGGAGGAGGUGAAGGAAGAGGUCAAGGUGGAGCUGGACCAGGGGGCUAUGGACCAGGUGGAGGUGGACCAGCUGGCUAUAGACCAGGUGGAGCUGGUAGCAGAUACCCCACAGGCGCUGGAACUGGUACAGGAACUGGCACUGGAAAACCACCUAAAAGCUAUGGGGAAGCCGUUGGAGCUGGAGCUGGGCUUGGUGGUUAUGGACCAGGAGGAACUGGGGCCGGACUAGGUGGAGCUGGAGCCAGACCAGGUGGGGCUGGGGCCGGACAAGGUGGAUAUGGUGCCGGACCUAAAGGUUAUGGACCAGGUGGAGCAGGGCCGGGAGGAGCUGGGGUCAGACCAGGUGGAGCAGAGGCCGGACCUGGUGGCUACGGUGCUGGGCCUGGAGGUUAUGGACCAGGUGGAGCUGGGGUGGGACCAGGUGGAUAUGGACCAGGUGGAGCUGGGGUGGGACCAAGUGGAUAUGGACCAGGUGGAACUGGGGUGGGACCAGGUGGAUAUGGACCAGGUGGAGCUGGGGUGGGACCAGGUGGAGCUGGGGUGGGACCAGGUGGAUAUGGACCAGGUGGAGCUGGGGUGGGACCAGGUGGAUAUGGAUCAGGUGGCGCUAGGGUGGGACCAGGUGGAUAUGGACCAGGUGGAGCUGGGGUGGGACCAGGUGGAUAUGGACCAGGUGGACCUGGGGUGGGACCAGGUGGAUAUGGACCAGGUGGAUCUGGAGCUCAUAAAUAUGGUAUGCUAAGUGGUGCCCUUGGAGGAGGACAAGCAGCUGGCCAGGGAAGAGUGCCAGGAGGGGGAGCAGGGACUGGACUAGGCCAGGGAGGAGUGCCUGGAUCUGGGAUUGGUGGUGGUAUUGGUCCGGGUGCUGGGUAUGGAUCUGGUGUUGGAACUCAUGGUGGUUAUGGACCAGGAGGGGGUGCUGGGACCGGACUUGGUCAGGGAAGAGCUGGGGCUGGACCAGGUGGCUUUGGACCAGGUGGAGCUGGGGCUGGACAGGGAACUGGAGCUGGAGGGUAUGACGCAAAUGCAAAAGCUCGUAAAUAUGGAAUGCUAAGUGGUGCCCUUGGGACCCCAGGAGGAGGACAGGCAGCCGGCCUGGGAAGAGUGCCAGGAGGGGGAGCAGGGACUGGACUAGGCCAGGGAGGAGUGCCUGGAUCUGGGAUUGGUGGUGGUAUUGGUCCGGGUGCUGGGUAUGGAUCUGGUGUUGGAACUCAUGGUGGUUAUGGACCAGGAGGGGGUGCUGGGACCGGACUUGGUCAGGAAAGAGCUGGGGCUGGACCAGGUGGCUUUGGACCAGGUGGAGCUGGGGCUGGACAGGGAACUGGAGCUGGAGGGUAUGACGCAAAUGCAAAAGCUCGUAAAUAUGGAAUGCUAAGUGGUGCCCUUGGGACCCCAGGAGGAGGACAGGCAGCCGGCCUGGGAAGAGUGCCAGGAGGGGGAGCAGGGACUGGACUAGGCCAGGGAGGAGUGCCUGGAUCUGGGAUUGGUGGAGGUCGAGGAGUCCCUGGUGGUUAUGUUCCUGGUUCUGGAUAUGGAACUGUUGGUGGUUAUGGACCAGGAGGGGGUGCUGGAACUGGACUUGGCCAGGGAGGAGUUGGGGCCAUACCAGGUGGCUACGGGGCUGGGCCUGGUGGUUAUGGACCAGGCGGAGCUGGACAGGGACAGGGUGCAGUGAAGCCAAACAAAUCAGGUUAUGGCUCCUCCUCCUUGGGUGGAGCUCACUUUGGACCAGGAGGUGGAGCAGGUGGGGUACCUGGUGCUGGAGAUGCCAGGCGAAGAGGAGGAGUACCAGGAGGAUACGGAGUAGGAGAGGUGGGACAAGCAGGGCAGAAAUCCAAGGCACAGAAGGCAGCCAAAUACACAGCCAUGCAGGGCUUCCUGGGAGCACGCAGCUACAGAGGGGGUGCCGACUGCCAGGGUAAAUACUGCGGACGGAGGAGGAAGUGAGAGAGCAGCAAAAGGAAGUGACCUCAUCAACAACAUUGUGGCGCUACUGCAUGAUUCCAGAAUGUACCGAUUCUUCAACUACCAACAUGUUCCCUUUUUUUCUUUUAAAGUGUAAAUCUCAGGCAAUGGCAAAACCAGAGGCUAUGUUUGAUAUUUUUAUCUGAAACUGUGAUCAUGUGUUUUAUAUUGUUCCUCACCUGUUCCCCCGUGUACACCUUUAAC